ACCUGUGUAGUUUGACAGAACUGGUACCGCCGCAGCCUGCGCGCCAUGAGGCCGAACCGGGUAUGUGGGGCUAGUUUAAACUGGACCUUACGGCAGUGAGUGAACCUGACCGCACAUUUCCGCACAUGUGCUCCCUGGGCGCUCUGAAAGCACGGUGUUAAAUGGAGCUGGAGGACCAAUGGUGGAAGGGACAACUUGCUGCAGAUAUUCACCAGGCGCUCAAAAACAAAGAGCUCAAACUGCCUCCCUACAAGGGGCAGUCCCCUCAGCUGAACCUCAGGCGAUACUUUGCAGACCUCAUCUCCAUCAUCAGCAACAGCUUCUGGCUUUGCCCCACAAGCAGACACCUGGCCGUCUACCUGCUGGACCUCUUCAUGGACCACUACGACGUUACGGUGCAGCAGCUUCACAUGGUCUCGCUUUCCUGUCUUCUUCUGGCAAGUAAGUUCGAGGAUAGGGAGGACCGCGUGCCAAAGCUGGAAACCUUGAACAGCCUGAGGUGCAUGAGCUCCUUGAACCUGGUCCUGACCAAGCAGGGUUUACUCCACAUGGAGCUGCUCCUGCUGGAAACGUUCAACUGGAACCUGUACCUUCCCACGGCGGCUCAUUUCAUCGACUACUACUUGUCCAUUGCCGUGCUGGACGGGGAUCUUCAUGAUGGCUGGCCAAUGGCCAACCUGGAGAAGACCAAGCUGUACAUGGCCAAGUAUGCCGACUACUUCCUGGAAGUCUCCCUGCAAGAUCACGUCUUUUUGUGCUUUGCCCCCUCACUGGUGGCCGCGGCCUGCGUGGCCGCGUCGCGCCUCAUCCUCCACCUGUCCCCCAGCUGGCCGCCGCGGCUGCAGCGCCUGACGGGCUGCGCGUGGGAGAACCUCAUGCCGUGUGUGGAGAAGCUCCUCAUUGCACAUGACAGUGAUGUGAAAGAGGCCAACAAGCAGAAGUGCCAGCAGCAGCAGCAGCAGCAGCAGCAGCAGCAGCAGGGCCAGACGGUGUUCCACAGUUCAGGCCAGCCAGCCACUGUGACGCAGUACCUGCAGCUGCCCUCCUCCAUGCACUGCCCCCAGAAGGCUCCACAGGCAGGCCUGGCUGCCGGCCACAGGUCUGCGUCCUACCUCGGCCACUCGGCCGGCGGCCUGCAGGGCCCCCCCCAGCACGGCGACGCUCAACCCGUCGCCACUUCCCUGGAUCCAAAGCCCGCCGCCGCCACCAGGGCUUACCCAGUGAGCUCGCACUACAGCUACCCUGCCGCGUGCUUCGACAGAUGAUCGGCGGGGUUUGUCGUUCCGGUGGAGAGCCAGACGCGGCCGUCCGGGUCACUCGGAACGUACAAGAUGUUGUUUUUAAAUCGCUAGAGACUUUGUAGGGUUUGUGCAGCGCCUCCGGGUGCGUCAGCGUGUGCAAUAUGGGCCGCUCGGCUGUGGUUUUCAGAGCAAGGCCCGUGUGAGAAUGUUUCUUUUCUUAAUCUUUGAGAGAUGAAGACUGAAUGUUGAUGGUGAGGUGAUUCAGAUGCACCGUAUUUAACCCUGCGCUAAAAGUUAAGCUAGCCGUUGCAGAAAAGGGGGUUAAUGUAAAGUUUGUGUUGUUUGUGUUGACUUGAGUUUUGUGGUUUUCUUUUUUUUUUAUGUUUUCUAAUUGUUUGCACAAAAACAAAGAUGGUAGAUGUGCAGCCUGUUAAAUCAUCCCCCGUCUUAUAGUGCUGUCUGCGUCUACAGUUUUAAAUAAAAUACAAGCCUAUGUUAACGAUGACCCCUGUUCAGGGGGGUUUGUUUGGGGGCAGGUGAGCGAUAGUUGAGGUACAACUUGAAAUUCUGUCUGCUUCAUUGCAUUAAAAUCCUUAAACAUGGAUGACUGCAACCAUA